CCUCAUUGCUGUUGCUUUUUUCUUUUUUUUCCUUAUCACGGCCUUGUUAGGCCUUGAUGCAAUGAAGUCUUCAUACAUCCGCCGUAGCUCCAAUCUAACUAGCUCGCUCCAAUUCGUACUGUCGUACUGCCGCUAACCCGUCGGCUUACCUGAAUGAGACAAUAGAUGGUCAAGCUCUGCAGCUGCAGUAGUACCUGAAUACCUGAAAUUGAUCUACAAUCCGAUUUACAAUCCCAAUAACUCUUUCCUCUCGUCUUCCUUCUCUUCGUCGAUAUCAACGUUGCUAUCUCGUGUCUUCACUGUUGUUAGAUGCUCAGACGUUUCCCCCCCUCUUACCUUGGUCCUCUAUUUUCGUGAUCUAUACUAUAUUCCUUGUAAAUUUAUUUUUACCCCUAUUAGGCCAUCCUCCAACAUGGUUGUAGUUGACAACCACGAAUACCUCACCGAGGAAGAGAAGCGUCUCAAAGAAGAUAGCCAUCGUAUUAAAUACUGGAAGAAAUGGGGUCCCUAUGUUGCUGAACGACAAUGGGCUACAGUGCGAGAAGAUUAUAGCGCAGACGGAGAUGCUUGGAGCCACUUUACACACGACCACGCCCGAUCUCGAGCAUUUCGCUGGGGUGAAGACGGAAUAGCUGGAGUAUCAGACUCACAUGGCCUGCAGAAUAUUGCAUUCGCUUUCUGGAACGAGCAAGACCCUUUCCUCAAGGAACGGCUUUUCGGCCUAGCAAAUCCCCAAGGUAACCAUGGUGAAAGUAUCAAGGAAGCACACUUCCACCUUGAUAACACUCCUCAUUCCUAUAUGAAAUACCUCUAUAAAUAUCCCCAGAGAGCGUUUCCUUAUGACGACCUCAUAGAAACAAACGGGAAAAGGACCAAGGAAGAGAAGGAAUACCAGAUCAUCGAUACUGGAAUAUUCGAUGAAGACAGAUACUGGGACAUUAUAAUCGAGACUGCUAAGGAGGCAGAUGACCCUGACGAGAUUCUCUUCCGAGUCACGGCAUGGAAUCGAGGUCCGGAUCCAGCUCCCCUCCAUAUCAUUCCCCAUGUCUGGUUUCGAAACACAUGGGCCUGGGGAAGGGAGACGGCGGAUAAAAAGCCAGCUAUCUCAUAUUUCACCGAGAACAUGGCUAAGUCGAGGCAUCAUAAACUAGGUGACCGAUAUAUGCUGUUAUCACCCUCGCCAGGCGUUGGAACUAGCGGAGAGGAUGUCGAACCAGAGCUUAUCUUCACAGACAAUGACACCAAUUACGAACUUCUAUAUGAAGGGGAGAAUAAAGUCCCAUACGUCAAGGACGCAUUCCAUCAGUAUAUUGUCGAUGGGAAAAAGCAAGCUGUGAACCCGGCCAGGACGGGCACAAAAUGUGCCGCGUGGUUCCAAUUUAACGAGUCAGGGGGUGUUGCCCCUGGCGAAUGUGCCGUUGUUCGUUUCCGAUUUUCGAGGAAAAAUGAGAGCUACCUAGACGAAGAAAUUUUCGAUGAUAUCGUUGAAAAGAGACGAGAGGAAGCAGAUGAGUUUUACUAUAGGAUUAGCCCCCUGCCAAUGUCCGAGGACCUCCGCAACAUCCAACGCCAGGCAUUUUCAGGUAUGAUGUGGUGUAAACAAUAUUACCAGUUUAUCUGGGACCAGUGGGCCAAUGGUGAUCCCUCUCAACCACCACCUCCGCCCGAGAGGAAGGCUAUUAGAAAUUCGCAAUGGAAGCACUUACAUAUCGACGAUAUUCUAUCCAUGCCGGAUUCAUGGGAAUAUCCCUUCUUCGCGGCUUGGGAUUCCGCGUUUCACUGCAUCCCGCUUGCUAUGAUCGACCCAGACUUCGCGAAGAAGCAAAUCGACCUGUUCACCAGAGAAUGGUACUGCCAUCCAAAUGGCCAGCUCCCUGCAUACGAAUGGAACUUUGGCGACGUCAACCCGCCAGUCCAUGCCUGGGCCACUUUCCGCGUGUUCAAGAUCGAGCGCAAGAUAUACGGAAGACAAGAUAUCGACUUCUUGGAGAGGGUAUUUCAGAAGUUACUAUUAAAUUUCACAUGGUGGGUCAAUCGAAAGGAUAUGGACGGGAAAAAUGUCUUCGAGGGUGGUUUCCUCGGGCUGGACAAUAUCGGUCUCUUCAAUCGUUCCGAGCCGCUUCCGACGGGGGGUGUUCUUGAACAGGCUGACAGCACAGGGUGGAUGGCAUUCUACUGCUUGUGCAUGUUGAACAUCGCACUCGAGCUUGCCAAGCAUCGGAGGAUAUAUGAGGAUAUCGCCUCAAAGUUCUUUGAACAUUUCAUAUUCAUUAGCGAUGCCAUGACAUUCAAAUCCGGUGAAAAGGAUGAGAAGUCACUAUGGAACGACGAGGAUGGCUUCUACUACGAUGCCAUUUCGUGGGGUGGGCCGUGGAUUCAACAACUACCUGUCCGGUCACUCGUAGGGUUGAUUCCACUCUACGCAACAUUGACCUUAGAGCCGGAAUUAAUCAAUAAGCUACCUUCGUUCAAGAAGCGUGUGGAUUGGUUCAUUGAGAACCGAUGUGACUUGGCCGAGAGAAAUAUGGCAAGUAUCCGGAAGAGGGGUAAGGGGAAUCGUAUCCUUCUUGCGAUGGUGAGCAAGGACCGACUGGAGAAGAUCCUGAAGCGUAUGCUCGACGAAGAUGAGUUCCUAAGCGAGCAUGGUAUCAGGUCGCUCUCGAGAUACCAUAAAGAGAACCCGUACUCUAUGGAUGUUAAUGGUCAAAAAUUCACAGUGGGAUAUGUUCCUGGUGAUUCUGACAGCGGGCUAUUCGGCGGUAACAGUAACUGGAGAGGUCCUAUUUGGCUGUGUGUCAAUUUCCUUCUAGUGGAAUCUCUUCAGCGAUUCUUCCUCUUCUACGGACCUAAUUACCAAGUCGAAUGCCCUACCGGGUCUGGGGAAUAUAUGCACUUGGGACACGUUUCCGAGGAGAUCCAACAUCGGUUACAACACUUGUUUGCCCGUGGCGAUGACGGACGUCGGAGCAUCAAUGCCGGAAACGACAUGCUAGACUUUGAUCCGCACUGGAGAGACCAUAUGUGGUUCCACGAGUUCUUCGACGGUGACACGGGUCGCGGUUUAGGGGCAACGCACCAGUGCGGCUGGACCGGCCUGAUCGCACGUAUGAUUCACGACACAGGCAUCAGUUGUCGCCUCCCGCAGACGCCCCGCACGCCGACAGCCGGCAUGUCGCACUACUUUGAUGACAUCUUACACCGGCACGUGGGAAUCAACAAGCCGCAGAGAGGUCACAUGCGGCGGUCGUCGACAGCGCGAUCGAUUAGUGCCCGCAGUGACUUCGACGCAUCUGUCAACGGUGAGGAAUAUGAUGUUCGUAGCGUAGCGCCAGAUGACCCAGAAAGAGAGGCCCAGCGCAAGGAGGCGGAUGCCCACUUGCAUCAGUAUAUCUCGGAGCAGCUGCAGCGGGUUAAGGACCACGAUGAUUUUGAGGGGUUAGCGACUGGGGAUGAGUACGAGACGCAUUUAUAGGGGACAUUACGGGUUAUAUUAGAUAUCUAGGUAGGGUAUAUUCUUAGACCCUAGAGAGAUCUUAGAGGGAAGGUGUAAGGGGGAUAUACUUACUUACAUGGAAGAUUGGAUGAUGGGGAUGGGGAUAU